UGGGGUGGCCCCUUGUCUUUAUCCUUGUCUCCGUUCCCUUCUCUCUUCUCUUCUGUUCUCUUCUGGUGCACUUCAUAGCCCAAUAGAAAAAAGCAAAUAACAAAUGAAAUUGGCUUCAACGAAUGAAUGAAAAGUGUUGUGGUGCUGGUACCCUUAACUUUCCUUCUCAUUAAAAAAAAUCCCACUUCCCUCGCAAUUUAAAAACGUCUCUUCUUUCCUCGCCGCAAAUGCACUUCGCGGUUCCCAUUCAAAACCCUCCUUUCUUUACUUCCGUUCUUUCUCUUGAGCUUCAAGAAUAAACUAAUAUCUAACCAAUCAAGUGAGUGAGUGAGUGGCUGGCUGAAUUGGUAAUUUCAGCCAGCCAAUCAGGAACUGACACAUGGAAACUGCACCCGCUUGCUUCUUCUGCGGUGGAAUCCCUGCAACUGCAACUGCCACAGCGACAUCAACUCCGAAUUCUGUGCCUUUCCGUUGUGCCGUUAGAGUUCCCUUCUCUUCUUCGUUUGCCUCGCUCUGCCUGUUAGCUCGUACCAGGCACGGCGGCGGCGGCGGCGGCGCUUCUGUUUUCCGCUCUUUGUUCUCGUCGUCGUCUUCUUCGUCGGUCUCCGGCCUCGGCCUAAUUCGAAGCGCCGCUAACAGCGAAACGAAGCUCCCGGCUCCAAGGAACGCUAAACGAAGUAGAAGAAGAACGCGGACGCCAACGGUUUCUCCUCCUACUCCUCGGCCUCCGUCUCCGGAGAAAACUAACAGUAACGGUAACGGUAACAGCAAUGGGAAUGGGGAUCCUCUCGGGUGGAAGGAUCUUGGGAAGAGUGUUGUGAGAUGGAUUAGGGAGAGCAUGAGGGCCAUGGCGUUGGAUUUCGCGGCGGCGGAGUUGCAGGGGGAAGUGGAAUUCGGGGAGUUGAGUCAGCGAAUGGGACCUGGUCUGACUUUUGUGAUCGAGGCCCAGCCUUAUCUGAACGCUGUUCCGAUGCCACUUGGGCUUGAAGUGAUGUGCUUCAAGGCCUGCACACACUACCCAACUCUCUUUGAUCACUUCCAGAGGGAGCUUCGGGAGGUUCUCCAGGACCUUCAGAAUAAGUCCUUGCUACAAGACUGGCGCCAAACGCAGUCUUGGAAGCUGCUUAAAACUCUCGCCAAUUCAGCUCAGCAUCGAGCAGUGGCCAGAAAGAUAGCCCAUCCCCUGCCCAGGACUGUCCAAGGUGUUUUAGGAAUGGACUUGGACAAGGUCAAAGCAAUGCAGCAGAGGAUUGAGGAUUUCACCAACCGUAUGUCUGAACUACUCCGUAUUGAAAGGGAUGCUGAAUUGGAGUUCACUCAGGAGGAAUUGGAUGCUGUUCCUAGGCCUCUGGAUGAUGCUUCAGACCCCUCAAGACCGAUUGAGUUCUUGGUUAGCCAUAGCCAGCCUCAGCAAGAACUCUGUGACACCAUUUGCAACUUAACUGCCAUCAGUACCUCUACCGCGCAACUGUGAAGCUCUAAUGCUGCUUCAGAAGAAUGGUUUGCGGAAGAAGAAUCCUUCAAUUGCUGUUGUAGCUACACUUUUUGGAGAAGAGGAAGAUGUUGCAUGGCUUGAGAAGAAUAAUUUUGUUGACUGGGAAGAAGAAAAAUUAAAUGGACUGCUAGAAAAUGAAACAUUCGAUAGUUCUCAGCAGCGAGCAAUUGCAUUGGGUUUGAAUAAGAAGAGACCUGUAUUGGUUAUCCAAGGGCCUCCGGGUACAGGCAAGACUGGUUUGCUCAAGCAACUUAUAGUAUGUGCCGUUCAACAAGGUGAAAGGGUUCUAGUGACGGCACCUACGAAUGCAGCUGUUGAUAACAUGGUUGAAAAGCUUUCAAAUGUUGGAUUAAAUAUUGUCCGAGUUGGAAAUCCUGCUCGUAUUUCAAAAGCUGUGGGAUCAAAGUCUUUAGGUGCAAUUGUAAAUGCAAAGCUUGCAAGUUUUCGAGAAGAGUAUGAAAGGAAAAAGUCAAAUCUAAGGAAGGAUCUAAGACUUUGUUUAAAGGACGAUUCACUAGCUGCAGGCAUACGGCAACUUCUGAAACAGCUGGGAAGGUCUCUCAAGAAAAAAGAAAAACAGACUAUGAAUGAAGUUUUAUCUAGUGCGCAGGUUGUGCUUGCCACUAAUACUGGAGCAGCUGAUCCCUUGAUUCGAAGGCUAGAUGCUUUUGACCUGGUUGUCAUAGAUGAAGCAGGACAAGCAAUUGAACCAUCUUGUUGGAUUCCUAUAUUGCAGGGAAAGCGCUGUAUUCUUGCUGGUGAUCAAUGCCAACUUGCUCCUGUCAUAUUGUCCAGAAAGGCCUUAGAAGGUGGCCUAGGAAUAUCACUACUGGAGAGAGCUACAGCAUUGCACGAAGGGAUUCUAACCACCAGGCUAACAACACAAUACCGUAUGAAUGAUGCAAUUGCUAGUUGGGCCUCAAAGGAGAUGUACGGAGGAUUGUUGAAGUCUUCUGAGUCUGUCUUUUCUCAUCUUCUUGUAGACUCUCCUUUUGUUAAGCCUACUUGGAUAACCCAAUGUCCACUGCUAUUGCUUGAUACAAGAAUGCCAUAUGGAAGUCUGUCGGUUGGUUGCGGAGAGCAUCUGGAUCCAGCAGGAACAGGCUCAUUUUAUAAUGAAGGAGAAGCUGAUAUAGUUCUGCAGCACGUCGUUUCCUUGGUUUAUGCUGGUGUUAACCCAGCUGCCAUUGUGGUGCAGUCCCCUUAUGUCGCUCAAGUGCAGCUUCUGAGGGACAUGCUUGAUGAGGUACCUGAAGCUUCUGGUACUGAGGUUGCAACCAUUGAUAGUUUUCAAGGUCGCGAAGCUGAUGCAGUAAUUUUAUCCAUGGUACGGUCAAACACAUUGGGAGCUGUUGGAUUCCUUGGUGAUAGCAGAAGAAUCAAUGUUGCCAUCACAAGGGCACGCAAACAUGUAGCCGUGGUCUGUGACAGCUCAACAAUAUGCCACAACACCUUCCUGGCAAGACUUCUGCGUCACAUUCGACACUUUGGUCGGGUGAAGCAUGCAGAACCAGGUAGUUUUGGGGGUUCUGGACUAGGGAUGAACCCCAUAUUACCCUCCAUUAAUUAGUGUUGCAUCAAUAGCACUAAUAGUUCAUGGCCUUUCACGUGGCCAAAACUUAUAAUGUAUAUAGCAAUUCUUGAAUUUCAUAUUUGUAUACAAAGUACAGCUUGCGCAUGAAAAAUAGCAAAAUGCUUCAUAGCCAAUAUACAUAUUGGCAAAAUCUGAUAGGAAUACUUAAGUUUUAAAGCAAAUUACUUGUUAGUCACCCCUUGUACUACCAAUUGUGUCGCUUAAUUUUUUGGCGACUAAAAUGCAUUAUAAGACCAAUAUUUUCAUAUAUAAAAGAAAAGUUGCGCAUUU